CUGACUGAGAACAUGCAGGCUGCGGGGCAUCAACUUGCCACAGUGCUGGCUCUGUUUGCCGCAGUGUGCGGAGGGUCGCAGGCCGAGGUGAUCGAUGACAUCCUGGGCAGCCUCUCCCGGGGAGCCGCCUUCCUGGAGAGUCAACACGAGCACAUCAACCUGGACGGAGUGGUCGGGUUCCUCAUGCUGCAGGCUGAGCUGAAGGAGGCGGUGCGGACGUGGCCCCACAGCGACCCGGUCAGCUGGGCCCAGAGGACCUCCACCGUGGUUCUGGUCAAACGUUUGGACCGGAGCUUCGAGAAGGCCGUCACCGCCCUGCAGCAGAACGACCCCAAGUACUACAGAGAGUUUGAGCCCCUGCUGUCGUCGAGCUUCUAUCUGAUCCCUCAGGAGUGGCAGUCCACGGACACCAGCCUGGUGUAUUCCUCCAUCCUGAGCACCGAGUGCUAUGACGAGCAGCUCAGCGACAAAUGUCUGACGCUGCUGCUGGGAACCUGGAAGAUGAACGGGACGCCCUGCAUUGUCACCAAACCCUGCCGGGACACCAUGACACGUUUCGGCUGUCCGCACUACUCUCUGUCCCACCAGCUGCUCUACUUCAUGAUCGGGAACAUGAGAGGCUGCACUAACAUGCUGAAAGGAGACACCAGAGAGUCCCGCGCCAACAUGACGGAGGGCAGCUACCAGAAGAUCUACUGCUCCAACAUGAUGAAGGCCAACCAGGACAUCUUUAGGGACGGGAUCACCGAGCAGACGGUCGACAUCUUCAUUGAAAAUAUCCUGAUUUGUGGAUUGUCUGGUUUCUCCGACUUCUACAAAGCUGAUUGGCUGCAGCACAUCCUCCGGCUGCAGGACGAGGAAGCGGGCUGCUUCGGGAGAGACAAGAGCAUCAUGUCUCAGAUCAUCGGAGACGAGCUGCUGGAGCAGCUGCAGCCUCACCGGAGAGUGAAGAGGAGGGAGAAGAUACUUCCAGACGGCUGCUCCAGUCACAUGACGGCGGUGGCGGUGGGCGCUCUGGGAGGAUACCUGAACUACUACCUGGCAGAACAGGACAUAACCAAGAGGCCAAUCUCCUGAACGCCCCCCCAUCAGGUAGCGAUGCUCUUCACUGAGAGACUCCCGACACAACAUGAUGUUAAUGAAUAUAGGUUGUAAGAUGAUGAAAAUAGAAUGUAGCUGUUUGUUAGGCACCAAACUAAAUGUAUUUAUUGAUUCUAAUGAUCUUUAAAGUGUAUUAACCCCAAACAAUGUAUCUUUUGAAAGUAGCGAUGCUCCCAUUCAGCGGGAAACCAUAUGAAGUCGCAUUUACUCUUUAAAAAGUAGCUUUAGUCGUUUUUGUCUACAGAACCAGGAAGUACCUUUAGGAUGUUUUCUGUCUGUGAUGCAACAAGCUAGCUAAAGAUUGAACCUUUUUUUUUUUUUUAUCCGGAUAACAACGUGUCAGAUUCAGCUUUUUACCACACGGCUUCUUAAACAGUUCCACGUGUUAUGGUCGAAUGUAUGCUGACCAGUGCUGGAAAGUAACUAAGUACAUUCACUCAAGUUUAUUUUUCUUAAAUUCUAUUUCCUGCUACUUUAUUAUUAUUUUAUUAUUUAUUUCUAUUCCACUUAUAAAAGGUGGUAAAUAUUGUAUUACAUUACAUUUGUGUGACAGCUUUAGAAGAUUCAGAUUAAUAAUACGAAAUAUAAUCAUCAAAUAAUUGAUAAUACUUUGGUUCUUUUCUAUCAGAGUAUUCAUAGUUGUAUUGAGGUAUUCGUUUUGUCGUGAUGUCAUCUCCUGGUUGGUACCUUCGUCUAAUUUGAUGUAAAAAUGUUAGGGAUGCACAAUUUGGAUUUUCUUAGCGGAUACCGGUACCUAAUAAUGACCUGCUUCAGAGAUGAGGGGUUAAACAAUAAGUUCAUACUAGUAGUUUAGGCACACCUGAGGCUAAAGUGUAGCAUGUACAGUAUAAUCUAAUACUACAAAGCUCUGAGAUAACUUAAUCUAACUAACAUCAACAUUGAUUGACUUCUUACACUUCUGACAUUGUUAUUAAUGCCCUGUUUUGCUUUUUCUUCUGUGUCUUCUUUUUUUUGGCGGGUCACAAAGCAACUUGUGUAAAUGUGCAUAACAUCCCCGACUGCAUCAGAGUGUGUAGAUGCUGUACUUGUUAAAUGAAUUUGGCUUUGUAUUAUGAGCUAUACAUGAAUUAUCUGAAUAAAAGAUUAUAA